UCAAGAUGGCGUCCCACGCUGAAGCAGGAAAGAGAUGUCAGGAUAAAUAAAACUCAUUCGGAGAUAAGUUUAAAAUUGAGUGCCGCCUCGACGAGAAGAAAUUCGGAAUUUGAGAGAACAAGACGGAGCAGAUAUAGGAGUCUCUAAAUGGCUGCGAGGAAGUCUGGAUCAGAUGCGUACAACAAUGGACCCAUCAGCUACCUUGAUGACGUUCCCUUUAAGAUCAACGACAAGUUUCGCUGUCCAGCCAAAGUAGGACUCCCUGUUGGUUUCUGUCUCCCAGACUGUGACUCAUUGCUGGUGGACACACAGUAUGACUUUUCUCUGGAGAGACGUAGUGUGCGCUGGGCAGUUGAGCUUGCUGAGGCCAGAGCAGCAGAAGAAAUCACAGCCAAGCAGGAGGCAGAAAGCAGGGAGCGUUUGGCACAAGCCAAGGACAUUGAUGGUGGUGGAGGCAAGAAACCCCAGUCGGCUGCAGAGGACCAGGACCUUCUACCACCAGCAAUGAACCCAGUCCUGGCAGGGCUGAGCCACAACGCCAUCCUUACCCCACUGCCUGCACCUAGUCUUGGUCCUAGGAAAGCCCAGCCUAGCACUCCCCAACAGCACAGCCUCAACCUAGCUGACUUUGAGCGUGAGGAGGACCCCUUCGACAAGCUUGAGCUCAAAACUUUGGACGAUAAGGAGGAGCUCAGGAGCAUCCUCCAGAGCCAGCCUCAACCUCAGCCUCCUCCAUCUGUAACCCAGCCUGAGGUCUCCCAGAGGGGGCCUGAGUCACGUGGAAACAGCCCCUCCCCUCCAAGCACCAACACCAGCCUCACAGCCAAACCUGGCUUUGCACAUAAACCCAACGGGUUGGUUGCCUUGCUGGACAUGGACAGAGUUGGGCACCCUGGGAGAGCAGGCUUUGAGACGGAUGAUCGACCAUGUAACAUCCGCUCUCUCACUUUUCCCAAGCUCUCUGACUCUGGUGACCCAGAGCCAGUGAGGUACAGCCCACUCCCCACACCCAUCCCUGCCCCCAGACACAACCUUCCAAAUGGCAGCCCGCCAACCAUUCCCAAAACCCAAGUUAUUGUUGCCCCUGAGCCUCAAAGCCACAUCAAGAGUGGUGCACCAAAACCAGUUAACCCGGGAUCAGGAUCUGCAGGUCUGCCAUGUGGAGGAGCCCUUCUCAGCAUGACCCCCAGUGAACGCCAGUGUGUGGAAACCCUCGUGGGCAUGGGCUACUCUUAUGAGGGUGUACUACGGGCCAUGCAGAGACAAGGGCAGAAUGUGGAGCAGGUGCUGGACUAUCUGUUUGUCCAUGGACGUCUGUGUGAGCGGGGCUUUGAUGCAAGUGCAGUGGAGGAAUGCUUAGAGAUGUACCAGUGCUCAGAGGAAAAGGCCCUUCAGUUUCUUGAACUCAUGUCAAGAUUUGGUGAAAUGGGUUUUGAACGAGACACCAUCAAAGAAGUGCUGCUGGUCCACAACAACGAUCAGGACAAGGCUUUAGAGGACCUGAUGGCUCGGGCUGCAGCUAGCUGAGCUAAGCUAACCAGCCCAACUAAAGCCCGGCCCAAGGCUUGCCUCCCGCUACUAGCCAACACAGCCCCUUUCCUUCUUUCCACUCUAUCACACCAUACCCUGCCCUUGCCUUGUUUGUGGAAGGGACAGCUGGGAGACAGUUGUAUUUCUCUCCUUGAUAAAUUGUGUUGUGUUUCAGCACUUCUUGAAGACUGUGUGCCUGUGGAGGGGGUUGUAGUUGUUCUUUUUCUACAAAAUACUCUGGUUUUGUUCCAGGAUUUGGUACUUCUAGGGUAUUUAAAAAGGAAAGUACGUAUCAGCUGUGAAGAAGAAACUGGAAGAAUUGGGCUAUGGCAUUUUAAUGCUGUUCUACUUCUACAAGGAAGUGUUUAUGUGACUGCAGGACUGAAAGAGAGGCUGAUGACAGCCUCUUAAUGCAUCACAUACAGACCAGUUUGAACUCUCUAAACUCCCAAACAACUAAGCUGCCAUCUUCCACUGCUCACUGCAGACCUAGUAAAUGGUGGAGGGGACUGGGGGCCUUGAAGAGGCUAUCUUUGAACUGAACCAACUAACAUUUAAAGUAAAAAAAAAAAAAAAAAAAAUUUAAAAAAUAUAUAUAAAAAAGAAAUUCAAGGCCCCGUUGCCAGACAGAUAACUGAGUCUCAAGAAGUGCCCUCUCUGCUCUGGUGCCCUGCACCUUUUUCUGUUCUGCUUUAUUCUUUCAUUCAUUAUUGUCUAUUUUUCUGUUCAUUUGGGCACGUUUGUCACAUAAUUCAAAGACACCAUUUCUUUGCUUUCUGUUUAAAGAACUGCAUUAUUGAUCCUUAGUCAUCAUAACUCAAAACACAAGAGAUACUAUUGCCCUAGUAGGCUCUUUGACCUGCACUGGAAUGGCCUGGUAACAAAGUGAGGAGAAAUCAGGAGAAAUAUCUCCAUAGGAAAUUACUAAAUGUUGUCCCAUAAACCACUGGCACUGAUGUGUCACACUGCACAGACACGUUUCUUUAUGUUCAAGUUAUUUAAAAUAGUACACUGACACUUUCAUUUAAAAUAAAGAGUUUGGUUUGAUAAUGUAAGUUAAGUUAACUUACAAAGGUGAUGCUUUUUUAAAUCACCACAGACUUUUGUUUUUGCAGACUGGAAAAGAGUGAGUGGUUAAAAAAAAAAAAAGAAAUGAAAUGUAAGUGAGGGUUGUGUUUGCAGCCUCGUCACAGUGCAAUAGAGACAUUUCAUAGUGUGUGAUUGUCAGGUGGCACUUUGAGCCUUGAGAUAUUGUUGGGGGUUAUGGAAGAGGCUGGAAAUUUGGAUUGAACUCAAAAAGGGUGAUUUCUGCCAUGGUUAAAAUCUGAUUUCAUGCCAUAAUUUUUAUCAAACAUGACAUUGAUUUGUUGACUUGUCCACAGUUUUUCAAGUGUAAUAGUCUUGAUUGUAAGUUUGUUGUCGCCUCAAACAUCUUAAAUGAAGACUUAAAAAGUUCAGUCACCACAAAAGCAUUUUCCCAACUGUUUAUUGGGUGUUAUUGUUAAAGAGGAGAUCAGAAAACCUUUAUUUUUAUAUUUUUUAAUUACCCUUUGAGUUCAAUGCUACAUAUGUUUGUAAAACAUAUCUGAUCAGUUGCACUAUGGGCAAAAAAUGGCUGAAUUUUCCAUAAUCUUGAGUUCUGUGGUGUUAAUGGGGAUUGAGAUUGGCAUGGUAACAGAUUAAGGGCUUAAAAUUAGCAAAAUGUGACUGGGAAAACUGGGAUUUAAUUUGUGGGCAGGUACAGUAGUUUUUCUGUGUUCCACCACUGCUAAACAUCAAACCAUCACCAAUGUUAAAUGGCAGUGUAAAACAGACAGUUUUUUAUUAUUUAGUAAAAAAAAUCACAACCAGGAGUAUGCACCAUAUAAACAAACAUUGAAACAAAAAAAGGAUGAGCAAAACCUCGCUUUUGUGAUGUAUCUGUCAUUGAAUACAUUCAUAUUCUUUAUUUGUUAGGAAAGUGCCUGGUGCGGGAAAUGAAGAUGAUAUAAGAUGUGGAAGUACAUGAGAAUUGGACAAUUAACAUUUAUGCAGGUCAGGUUUAAGAUAUCUUCUGUCUUGUUUCUCUGUGGUAAAGAAGACUGGUACAUUACUCUACAGAUAGACAUGAGUAGUGUUAUUGUAGCACUUACAUAACACAAGCGUGGUUUCCUUAAUCAUGCACGAAAAAAUUUUAAAUCCACUUACUCUCUUUUCUUACAGCCACACAAAUAGGAGUGAAUUCACCACAGCAGGUUCUGGACCUCCCAUUUGUGUCAUGGUCUUUAAGCUGUAGAAAUAAGUUUGAAGUUUUUUUUUUGUUUGUUUUUUUGUUUUUUCAAUCAGGCCAUCUUACAGUACAUCAGAUCAAAUUUAAAGUCAGUGUGUAAUUAAACAUGGGGUGUUAGACCAGUGAACACUGAAAUUUUUGAUGGUGGGUAAGAUCAGUGAUUGUUUCCCAAGCUCGUGAACUGUGAUUUGAAAAAUGUUACGUUUUUCCUUUGAAUUAUUUGAAAAAUCCACAAUUAAAUGUGCACAUCUUUUCAGU